AACAAAACAGAUUCCUUUGAGACUUAGCUCCAGCGGAGUCUUGACCAUUGAUUGUAAUAAAGGUGUGCUUCAAAACGUUUUGUAAUUUCUUCUUUGCUUCUUUGUUCAUUAAAGACCGACGAAAAUAAUAUGGAAGAGUGUGAGACUGCAGUGAAAGCCCAAGACUGUGUCAGUACCAUAAUCAACAAUAAGGAACAUGUCCAAGACGAUGAACCAACAAAGUCUCAUUUUAUAUGCGGCGUUAUAGAGGGAUUCUAUGGCCGUCCCUGGACGACGGAACAAAGAAAAGAUUUGUUUCGGAAGCUCAAAAAGUGGGGUAUGGAUUCUUACGUGUAUGCCCCAAAGGAUGAUUACAAACAUAGGGCUUACUGGCGCGAAUUGUACACUGUAGAAGAGGCUGACCACUUAUCGGGUUUAAUAUCAGCGGCCAAGGAUCAAGGAAUAACUUUUUACUACGCUUUAUCUCCUGGUUUGGACAUGUCUUACAGUAGCCAAAAAGAAUUGCAGACCUUAAAACGUAAAUUAGAUCAAGUCUCUCAAUUUGGUUGUGAAGCUUUUGCACUUCUUUUCGAUGACAUUGAAUCAGAGUUGUCCAAAGGAGAUAAAGAAGUCUACCAAACGUUUGCAAAUGCUCAGGUUUCGGUUACCAAUGAAAUCUACACGCAUCUGGGCAAUCCUCGUUUUCUCUUUUGUCCCACCCAAUAUUGUGCCUCAAGGGCAGUACCUUCUGUUCAUGACUCCGAAUAUUUGAAUACAUUAGGUUCCAAACUCAACCUCGAUAUCGACAUUAUGUGGACCGGUGACAAAGUGAUAUCAAAAAUUAUUUCUGUAGAAUCUAUACAAGAGAUUACGGAGAUACUAAGACGACCCCCUGUCAUCUGGGACAAUUUGCAUGCCAAUGAUUACGAUCAGAAGAGAGUGUUUUUGGGUCCAUAUUCUGGUCGUUCACCCGAACUGAUUCCCCAUUUGCGUGGAGUUAUGACUAACCCCAACUGUGAAUUCCAUGCUAAUACCAUAGCAAUUCAUACAUUAGCAAACUGGUCUAGAUGCAGUUUGGAUUCAAGAGUAAACAGUUCCAUAUCAGCUGACAUCAGACUUGAAACAGAAAACGAAGAUGAAAUUGGUUCUGAGGAUUUGCCAGUGGACUGCUGUCUAUCAAAAAACAUAUAUCAUCCUCGCAUUGCUUUAAAAAAUGCCAUAAGUGAAUGGUUGCCAGAAUUUUUCAUCGAAAAGGAAGCUUGGGGUCCUAUAACAAAGCCACAACCUCAAGUGACACUUGUUAUGCCCAUCAUACCCAUAAUUCCUUCCAUUAAUACUUGCAUGAGUUUAACAACUACAACCACAACGUCGACAAAUGCAAAGACCAACGUACCACAAGUUAACACCACCCAAUUGCAAGCAUUGGCCGAAGUUUGCACCGUCAAUUCUUCGUCCGUUAAUCCCAUAUCAAAUGCAGUUAUGAAUUCUUUGGUUUCGCCCACCAAGGUGGUGACCAACGAAGAUAUUAUCAAUCCUAUAACCAACUCUGCAGCUUCUAAUAUAGAACUGCCCAAAAAGAUACCAAUUUCUAUUGUUUCUGUGCCUAUCAUGGACUCGAAGGAGGUAAACAGCGAUAGUGAUGACAUGCGUGACGUUGAUGAUGUUUCGCAACCACCAAAAACCCAAAGGGAACUACCGGUGAAACCGGAAGCUUCUCCCAACGGCGAUGAUAAAGAAAUGUUUCUCAAAGUCCAGGAGACUAUAAAAAAUGAUGAUAAUUUGGAAGGAGAUGUGAAGAAUGAAAGAUCUGGUCUGUCCAUAGAAGCAAUGGGCGAAGACAAUAACCUAAACCUUAGUCCAGGCAGCAACUGCAAUGAACCAAUGGAGUGCAGUAGUAGUUUAACCUCGCAAAUAUCUCCAAAAGAUGAUGUCAGUAAAUCGGUCGGGGUCACUACCAACGAAGAUGUUGUUAUGGCCGAUACAAGUUCCAACAGUGACAACAUAAAUAAUACCAUGCAAGUUGAAAGUGUGGAAUCAUCCCCAAUAUCAAUUGCCGAAAUGACUGAAGUUGAGAAAUCAUCCAUGGUGGAAUCCUCAAAAAUCAAUGCUCACGAUUUGUAUCUGCUGUGUGACUUAUUCUAUUUGCCUUUCGAGCAUGGUUUUCGCGGUUACAAACUUCUGAAUGAAUUCAAUUGGCUGAAAGCAAAUGCUCACGUUUUACUGGAGGGUAAAUCUGCCAAAGGCACUCCAGUAAACGAAAAUCCCACAAAACCUGAGGUGGCUGAAUGGCUGCAGCGAGCUGAAUACUUUUCGACAUUGUGCAAAUCGGUUUAUCAACUGUUGCAAAAGAUUGCGGUGUGUGACAACAAGGAGAUAUGUCACGAUCUCUUCGCCUAUGUGUGGGAUAUGCAUUACGCAUUGUCGCUUUUGGAUGCUUUUGUUAAAUGGCUCAGUAUGGGACACUUUCCAAGCAACGUCUUCGGUUACACACAAGGAAGUUAUACAUGGUUUAGCAAAGGCUGGAAAGAGGCAUUCAUGUCGGGCGAUCAAGAACCAUGGGUAUUUCGUGGUGGCCUUAUUGCUGAUCUUCAAAGAUUGAUGCCUAUCGACCAAGGAAAUGACCUGUUCAUAUACAAGUUGCCUGAUCUGCCUACAACAGACUAUCAUACUCUGCGUCCCUAUAAUGCUGUCGAUGAAGCCACUGUGAACCGAGUGUGCACACAGGGCUUUCUACAUUUAGUAGCACCCCUUUCGCCCGAGGAAAAAACAAUACCGAUACAGUUUAAUGUGAAAUAUUCUGAUAUAAUAGCGGACUGUAUUAUAGGACCGUUUCUCACUUUGCAGCCGGAAUUCUGCAUUGUAGCCAUAGAUUCGACGAAUACAAUAGUUGGUUACGCUGCUGCCGCUUUGGACUUUAAUGUAUUUUCACGCAAUUUGCAUAUGUGUUGGAUACCGGAGAUGAAAGAGAAGUAUCCGGAGAAUUUGGAAGAGCUUGAAGUGUUCUCCUCAUCCACACUGCACACACAGAGGGCAAUUGAUAUAUUACGCUCAUUCAUCAAGGAAUUUCACACUUAUGAGCCACAGUGUCCACCAGAAGUUAGUGGUUCUUAUCCAGCUGUUAUGACAUCAGCUGUACUGGAGCAAUGUUUAAAUCCGGAUUAUUGUAUUUCGAAACGUCUCAUAACUGUUCUCUUGGCCACGCUAAGGUCGAAUGGGUGCUUUGGAGUUCAUGUACGUUUGCCAGCUAAAGAUGCUGGCCUUGAGAUAAUACAAUACUACGUAAAAUUGGGUUUCACCGAAAUUUAUCGAGAUGGGCAAAAUUUCAUUUACUUUGGAAGACGUUUUUAGCAAUGACAACGAACGUCAUGGACUGGUCCACGAAAUAUAUGAGUAGUUACCUUCAAAAUAUUGGAAUCUCUCUCAUGCUAGUUAUGCUACAUCUCCAUGCAAUAUCCAACUGAAGAUCGCACUUAAAAAAAGCAGCAUUCGCCCCAAGUCCCAAAUCGUAAAGUCAUCAAUGCCUAAAAUGUAAAUUUUUGGUUUUUUUUCUUUAAAGAAACUUACACGCAUUACACGCCCGCCCAAUAUUUUUGUACUCUAGCAGUGUAUAAUUCCCAGUUUUUUUUAAAUAGAAUCACAAAAAUAUAAAAGGUACGCUGCUUAGAAGAAGCGUAUACUUCAAUUUUAA